UUCAAUUGUGAUUUCGAUUGUGAAUCCUGCAUGAGCCGUGACAUCCUCGUCUGCACGAUGGUCGACUACGCCAAAUCCCACGAUGCCCGCCACGUGACUCUCCUCCGGCUCUUCUUUCAGUAUCUCAGCGAUUGUUUUUACGACCAACUGUUCGAUUGGCCGUCGCUCGAAUCCCUGGAUUUGGAAGUCGUCGGCUGUAAGAAUGGCACAUUAUUUAACUUUUCCAAAUCCGUCAUCUCCCUCAGAUUGAGCAAUCUCAAGACACUUUCCCUCUCACUCGGCCAGAAUGGUAUUCAUGACGAGAGCUUAGCGAAACUGCUCUCGGCCUGCCCUGUUUUGGAAGAACUAACAUUGAGUGCAAAAUAUUUCCGAGCCGCACACCGACCCAUUCGAAUAGAAGCUCCAAAUCUUCUCCGAUUGACUCUGAUUCCUACUCCAUCCAAGCUCCAAAUCAACUGCCAGAAACUCGAAUAUCUAAUGCUAAAACCUGAAGUCAAUUUAACCCACCUGCGUGUCGAAGCACCCUCCUUGAUCUCUGUUCGGUUAUACAAUAUUUGGCGCUUUGGAACAUUUGCUCAGACGCUAUGCGAUGUGACUACGGCAGCUAUAACUUUGUCAGAUAAAUGUCUUUCAGACUCGACUCCGAGAUUCUUGGAAAAAUAUAAGGCCGUGGUCCAAGGGUUUCCCAUCUUUCACAAACUGCUGGAGUUGAGGAUCAAAAUGUAUGUCGCAGAAAAGUUCAGCUUGGACAUCGUAUUUGAUCUUCUUCGAUGCACGCCGAAUCUGCAGUCGCUCGUUUUAACUGAGUGCGAAAAGAGACCGUGUGAUGAUGAGGAUUUCGACGAGUGGGAGAAGAAUUUUUCAUCAAGGAUUAAUGAGCCCUUGGAGCAUCUGGAAAGGGUUUCGGUGAAUAUCAAGAGCGAAAGAAUCCGAUCAGCGUUUCUAAAUACUCUGUCAGAUAGAGUUCCAGCGUGGGAUCGAGUGGCAGUCACCUGCUAAAUCUGGAUGAUUUGCUAGUUUCACAAGAAUGUAACUUCACGUACAGCCAUGUGAAUAUCCAUUGUUGUGUGUUCCUUUCUAGCAAAAACGCAUUCUGAAGCAUAGAUGAACCUUGCAGGCAGCACAUGUAGAUUGAGUCUGACUUGUUACUAGGAUUAGAUUGGCUGGAUUCCAAGUUUGAAAUCAGAACCAGAUGAAACUUAAAAGUCAAUAAAC